AUCCCCCUCAUCCCGUGCCCCUUGUGUCUGUCGCUGUCCCUCGUACUCCACUGUCGUUCCUCGUUCAACCUGUUGCCUCCUCUGCGGCCUUUCAUUGCCGUCGUCCCCUGAAUGCCCAGGCGUGAAAAAUUCAAGGUUCUGGUGUGAGGGAAGAUAGACAAUUUGGAAGUGUUUUUGUGAAGGGUUUGGACACCCAUCUAUCGUGCUGAAAUGGAGUAGAAUGUUGAAGCGAUUACUUGUGUAUGCAGCAAAAAUUUAAGUAGAUUUUUGGAGAAAUGAAGUUCGACAAGUGAGAAAGAAGUAUUUGAAACUUGGAAGUUUCAGGAAUUGGAAGCAGAUCAGUUAUUGAACCACACAACCUCUGAUUCUUGAAAUUCUUGUCUGAAUCGAUGGGCAACGUUAUUGAAUCCUUUGCUUCAGGCAUCGGAAAUGUUCUCGGCAAAAUCUUUGGCUCCCCAGUUGAUUUCCUUUCUGGAAAGUCUUGCAGUUCAACUUGCCGACCCACAUGGGAUCUCAUGUGUUACAUCGAACAUUUUUGCAUUGCCAAUUUGCUGAAGCUGGCCUUGGUACUGGUUCUGGUUUACAUUGAUCGAUAUGUGCAUGCUUGUCUUGUUGGUUCCACCUAUGGGAGCGUUCUUGCACUUUCUUGUGUGUCAAGUUAUGCAACCUCAAAAGAAGAAGAAGAUCAUCAAGGGAAAGGUUUGACAACACAAGUGAACAAUAUUACAGUGAUGAAGGCCCUUCCUAUUAUGGUCGAGGAUCCGAAGAAGCGAAUCGAUCGUUCUCUCGUAGGAGGAGAAACUAUAAAAGCUCUCACUUGA